AUGGAGGCUUCCAGUGCCUACUCCAACGGCUUCCCAAAAGCCCCGAAUGGCAAGAUAAACGGCAAGAUGAACGGACACGCAGUGGUCAAGAGAAGGACAACUCCCAAGAAGGGCCCGACAUUCAUCGGUCGCACUUUCAGCGUCGCUGCCAGGAUCUUGACCUGGUAUUCCAUCAUUUCAAUCCUCUUCCGCUGUCCGGCCACCCUCGAUGCCUGUGACGAAACCUCGCCCAAAAUUUGCAAGCCUUACUUCCAACUGAAACACGCCGUAUCACCCCACCUCGAGCCCUACUACGACACCUACGCCGCCCCCUACGUCGAGAAGGCCACUCCCUACUACAACAUCGCCAACGAGCGUGUCAUUGUGCCGACAAAGGCCUACGUCACCAAGCAUGGCGCUCCCCGCGUCCUCCAGGCCCAGGCCUACGGCCAGGCCCAGUGGGACAAGAACAUCCAGCCCCAGCUGGCUGUCUACCAGAAGCAAGUUCAGGACAAGUACGAUCAGGCAGUAGCGCCGCACGUCGCCAAGGUUUCCGACGUAGUAGGCCCCUACUACGACAUUGCGCGUACCAACGCCCUGCAGACCUACCACGACGUGGUCCUGCCUUCAUACCAGUUCGUCCAGCCCUACGCCGCUCAAGGUUACGACGCCGCCUCUCAAUUCACCACCGAGACGGCUGUUCCCACCGCCUACUGGGCUUGGAACAAGACCUUCGUGUUCCUCGAUUCUACGGUCUGGCCUCAGGUUCGCGUCUUGUACGUUGAGAAUGUCGAGCCCCAGCUGGCUAGAAUCGGACAGCGUCUUGGCCGCUACAAGAACAAGACGAAGGGGUCGCUCGAGAAUGUCUCCGAGAGCGCCACUGCUAAGGCUUCCUCAUUCACGAAACCGGCUUCAUCCGCAUCCUCGAUUGCCUCUUCAGCCUCUUCGGUCGCCAGCGAGAAGGUCUCUACCAAGAUCGAAAGCACUCCUAUCCCCGAUGCUUCCCAGGUUGCAGAGCAAAUUGCGGAAGACGUAAAGGACAAGGCACAGCAGGUCGUUGCGCCUCCCCCGUCCGAGGAUGAGUCCGACAUGCGCAAGACCGCCCGCGAGACUGUCGAGGAGGACUUGCGCAGCUGGCAGGACAAGUUUGCCAAGGCCGCCGACGAAGGCGCUAGAGAAAUCGAGGACCAAGUCGAGGAAAUCUCUCAGCGCGUCAUCAAGGAGAACGCACACACCAAGGGCAAGGCACUUGUUGUUGAGCUGCAAGAAACUGCCAAGGCUGAGGUAGACGCUCUGCAGAAGCAGAUCAUCAAGAUCGUUCACAAGUCAGUGGACGCCCCUGUGGCUGCUCACGACGAUUUGGUUGCAGCCGUCCGCAAGGCGGGCCUAGCUGUCAAGGAGAAGGCCCAGCAGAUUCGCUCCUGGAAGGAUGACUACGAGGCCGAGAUCGAGGCUGCUGUCACUCAGGCUGCCGACAGCCACUUCAAGAUCCUUGACAGCAUUAGAGAUCUGGCACUUCAGAAGAUCGGAAUGAAGUGGGCUUGGAUGGACGGCAUUACCUACAAGGACUGGGCCAAGUACCAUGAGUUGAAGGACCGCUUCGCCGAGUGGAUGAGUGACUUGAAGAAGCUCAUCAUUACUCACCCAGGUCUCGAGGAAGCACGUGCGGCAUCUAACGAGAUCGAAGACUCCGGUAUGGCGGUCGCCCAAUCUGCUGCGCAAGAGCUCGCCAGGCUUAAGCAGGUUGGCCUGUGGAAGCUGGCAGCUCAGGACACCUCCGACAACUUUGACAGCGAGACAGCGCGCCUGGCUGCAGAGAAUGUAGAGAGCCGUGCCUCGGAUGCCGCCUCCGCCACAUCAUCUGCCACAUCAACCAACGAGGACCCUCUUGAGUCCGCUGCCAGCGUAAUUGAGGACGAAUCUCCUGCCAGUGACCUUGGCUCCGACGGUCCCGCAAGCUCCGUGAGCAGCGCUGCCAGCAAACUCAGCGAGAGUCUCAGCAGCGCCACUUCAGUCGCAUCUGAGUCCAUCAGCAGCACCGCCAGUCAGGUUUCUAGCGAGGCCUCUAGUGUCGUGGCUGGCAGCUCAUCCAGCACCGAGUCUCAUCCGGAUCUGGCCUCCACUGUUCUUCCCGGCCAGGAUCAGAGCAUUGUCGUCGACAACUCAGGCACCUCGCCUGCUGGUGACGAGGAGAAUGCUGUCCCAGGCGAGAAGAUUGAGGAGGAGAUCAUUGUGGAGUCUAUGGAGGACAAGCCCGUCUCUGCCGAGACUGAAUCAGUCAAGCCCGCCUUCUUGGGUGCUGCUGCUCAAUCCGUAUCCAGCAAGGGACCGAUCCUGGACGAGGAUGUUGACGCCGAGAGCAUCUCGUCUCGCGCUCAUGAGGCCUACUCCAACGCGAUCUCCCAGGCUUCCGACCAGUAUUCUUCUGCCAAGGCCGCUGUUUCCGCCAAGAUCUACGGUACACCGAAGCCUGCCCAAGAGAAGGUUUUAUCAUCAGCUUCCGGGGUAUAUGCUGCUGCCAUGGCAUCUGCCAGCUCUCGCUUCGAUGAGGCGAUCAAGGCUGCAUCCAAGGGCAUCUACGGAACACCCACCGCGAAGGCCGCCCCUUCUUACGAUUGGGCCAGUGUUGAGGCCAUCGCCUCCCAGCGCCUGAAUGAAGGGCGUUUGUGGGCCGAGCAACAGUAUGAGAGCGCCAAGAUUGCCCUUGGACUCGCCACUGCCACCCCUACUUCCACCGUUGAGAGACUCCUCGAGCAGGCCAAGUUCAACUACUACGCUGGCCUGGGAGUUGCCCACGCUCGAUACUCUGAUUUCUUGGCGGCUGCCGGCUCUGCUUUGAGCCAGGCCACUGCCACUGCCACCCCAACUGACGUUGCCGGCACCGCGUCGUCUGUUGCCUCAGUCGCUACUCGCUCAGCUGAUGCGGUUGCAUCCGGGGCGCAAAAGGAGGCCGUUGCCGUGGCGUCGGCCGUUAGUGACGGACUCGGUGCUGCUGCGUCCAUCAUUAGCGACUCCGUUUCCGCGGGUGUUCAGGAAGUGGUUGACGCCGCGCAGGCUAUCGAGAAGGGUGUCGUCGACUCUUGGGACGCUGUCGUGAACCAAGUCAGCAUCCAGAUCUACGGCAAGCCAACUCCCACUGCCUGGUACGACAGCGUAUACAGCGGUGCUGGCGAGUACGCUGCUCAGGCAACAUCUGUCAUCGGCAAGCAAUACGAAGAUGUCAACAAGCUCAUCUCCGAGCUGCUCGUCGGCAAGGAGCCCACGUUCUCCGAAAGCGUCCUCGCUCGCCUUCAGGCUGCGUAUGCUACCGGUGCUGCUCAGGCUGCCAGCUUUGCCAGUGCUGCCUCGGCCACGGCUUCGUCUGCCGCCUCUGCCGUUACGGACGCCGUCAAGGAGACCGUUCAGCAUGUCCGUGAUGAGUUGUAA